AGGCGGCUAACGUGACUCGGGCAAUUUCAAGACUUUUGUUUUUUGUCAAUUUUCUACUGAGAUAUGCCAUUUCCAGGCCGAUUUUCUGGGAGACAAGUUUCCUUUUGUUCACAUGCAAGUAAUAAUCUAAUACCCACAAUAAAUGUCAGAUGAACUGGAGGAGUGCAUAAUUUCAAUUAAGACACUCUAAAAGUCUAAAAGAACACAGGAGUUGACUAUGUCUUCAAAGAUUAAUUUGCUCAUCUGUUUCUUCAUUUUUCAUCUGUUGGCUGCCACUAGUGUUUCAGGGAGCAAGAUAGGGAUAUAUGAGUUAAAGAAGGGAGGUUUCUCUGUUAAGCUCACAAAUUAUGGUGCCAGAAUUAUCUCUGUAUUUCUUCCUGAUAAGAAUGGUAAAGUAGAUGAUAUUGUUCUGGGAUAUGACACCAUUAAGGAAUACUUGAAUGAUACGAGUUAUUUUGGAGCCUUAGUUGGAAGGGUCGCUAACCGGAUUGGUGGUGCUCAAUUUACUCUGAAUGGAACCCAUUAUAAGCUUGUUCCCAAUGAAGGCAAAAACAUGUUGCAUGGUGGCCCGAAAGGAUUUAGCAAAGUUGUCUGGAAGGUGAGCAAGUACGUGAAAGAUGGUCCCUGUCCUUACAUAACUCUAACCUACUUCAGUCCCGAUGGUGAUCAAGGAUUUCCUGGUGCUGUUCUUGCCUCCGUUACCUAUGCAUUAAAAGACCGUUACAAACUUAGUGUGAUAUUUAAGGCAAAAGCUCUGAACAAGGCCACUCCAAUUAACCUGUCUCACCACCCUUACUGGAACAUUGGUGGACAUAACAGUGGCGAUAUCUUGUCCAACGUUAUUGAAAUCUUUGGAUCACACAUUACCCUAGUUGAUAAAGAGCUCAUUCCCACAGGGAAAAUUGCCCCCGUCAAAAACACGCCUUACGACUUCCUUAAACCCCGUAAGGUAGGAAGUAGGAUCGAUAAGCUCCAAAAUGGAUAUGACAUCAACUAUGUACUCGAUGACACUGAGAAAAUGAAUCGUGUGGGGACAGUUUAUGAUAAGAAGUCUGGAAGAGUGAUGGAUGUAAAAGCAUCUGCACCUGGUGUUCAAUUCUACACUUCAAAUUGGGGUAAUAGAACUGUAAAAGGGAAAGGUGGAUUUGUGUAUCAGAGUCAUGCAGCAUUGGCUUUGGAAACUCUAGUGUUCCCUAACGCUGUGAAUCACCCAAAUUUCCCGUCGACAAUUGUGAACCCAGGAGCGAGAUACGUCCACAAAGUAUUGUAUACAUUCUCCAUAAAGAAAUACUAGAAUGCUUAUAUUUAUUUAUUUUCACUAUCGCUUCUAUU